AUGGUAAAGAACGAUAUCUUUCCCAUCCUAGAUGUUUCAUGUCUCACAGAUAAUUACACUGCAGCCAGUGAUUGGGAAGGUGCAAAGCUUCAGCAUGAUGUACAAGUGAAGAAUCUUGUUGAAGAGUUAUCAAAUGGUUUUAGUACCUGGGGAUUUCUCUACGUGAAAGGGCAUGGUAUACCACAAAAUCUCAUUGAUAGUGCAUUUAAAAUGUCAGAAAAGUUUUUUAAACAGGAGAAGGAGACAAAGAUGAGUUAUCAAAGAGGUCCUGGAAUAAGUGAAGGAUAUGUUCCCAUAAAAGGUGAAGUGUUUGACGAAAUGAAACCGGAAGAUAUAAAGGAAGCUUUUGACUUUUUGCCUAAUUCUGAUGUCACUAAGAAGUUGUCAAGGGUAAUGCCAGAAGUUGUUACUGAAUUGAGCGAGUUAUUUGAACAUUGUUCAACAUUGCUAUACAAAUUACUGAGGUUGCUUGCAGUUGCACUUGGAAUAGACACAGAGACUUUUGUGAAUCUACAUACAAAUGUUGGUAAUCGCAGUUUAAAUGGAACUUCACUGCGAACAUUGUUUUAUCCUCAAAUCAAUGGAUCGACAGAGGUAAAUCAAAGUCGUUGCAGUGAGCAUACAGAUUAUGGAACAUUAACUUUACUUUUUCAAGAUAAUAUUGGUGGUUUAGAGGUUUUGUCUCCAUCUGGGGAAUUUGUAAAGGCUGUUCCGAUUCCUGGUGCCAUCGUUAUUAAUGCAGCUGAUCUCUUGCAUACAUGGAGCAAUGGAAAAUUCUGCGCCACUAUCCACAGAGUACAAAUACCAACAGAUCCAAUGCGAUUGUCAAUGCCACGCCAGUCGAUUGCGUUCUUUGCUCACCCUAAUUAUGAUGUCACUAUUAAUUAUCAGGACGAGAAUGGAAAAGCGAAGACGAAAAAUGCGUAUAAACAUUUGAAAACAAGAUUCGAUUCCACCAUUAUUACCGACAAUGUGUGAAGUAAAUUAAGGUGUAUGUAUAAAUAAGCUUGUAUAUACUUAUUAUUGUUAACACGAAGAUUACGUUGAAGAAUAUUGGCCCAGAGGAGAGAAAUAUAUAAAAUAUUUUGUAUUUUGCAUAUACUAAGAGCUCCUUAAAAAAUUACUGAAUUUCGAAUUGUAAUAUUUUUAUCUUUUCGAAGUAUCUUAAGAUGUUUUAAACAUUAAGAAGUAAUUACAAGAACCAUCGCUUGUUUCAUAAAAACAAAGCAACGCUAUAAUAUGAAUGACCUAGAUUUUCUUCCAUAUGAAAGUAUUAACUGGUUUAUUUUCGUCUGGAUAGAUUUUUUUUGUUUACUGGCUCAAUGUAUUGUACAGGGAAUUACAAUCAGGGAAAACAAAUAUCAUAUUGAUAGUAAUGUAGUGUCUACCUAAGGGUAUCUCGCACAACAACCAAAAUAUUUGCA